AUGUCUCUCGUCAAUCUCGCCCACGUCUGCUCCCACCUAAACAAUGCCACGAAGGCCCGUCUCGGCAUCACCUCCAUUCCCAACAGCAAAAUGCAUCUGAACCUCUGCCUCGCCCUCCAACACUCCGGCUACCUCUCCUCCGUCGUGCGCGGUGGCCCAAUUCCUCCCCCGCCGCACCCCAUCCUCGGCUACCCGGCCAUGAACGACGAGAUCGAAGCCGUCGAGCCCAUCACGCGGGCCAAUGUCGCGUCGCGACGACUCUGGCUGGGUCUGAAAUACUGGGAUAACAAGCCCGUGCUGGGCAAGUUGAGCAUGAUCAGCAAGCCCAAGCGACGGAUUGUCCUGGAUGUCGAAAAUUUACGUCAGGUCAUUCGCGGCCACAAGGCGAGCUAUGUGGAUGGGCUGCGCUCGCCCGGCGAGAAUAUCUUUGUGUCGACGGAUCGGGGAAUUCUGGAGUCGCGCGAGUGUGUGGAGAAGCGACUGGGUGGUUUGCUGCUCUGUCGCGUGCUAUAA